AUGAACUCUUCAUACACUCCGCAUUAUUCUCCACCCCCCUCCCACUACGAUACUCGACCCCCAAUGUCGAGCCCCAACAACCCAUACCGACAUGCGCCCAAUGGUAAUGGAGCGCAGUAUCCUCCAAUGCCAUCGCAGAUGAGCGGACCACCAAGCAAUUACUACUCCCAACCUCCUCCCAGUUCUGGCCCUCCACAAGAACCACCACAAGGGAACUACUACGCCCCAGGUCCACCUACAUCCGGCCCACAAGAAGAGAUACAUGGUGCCGAGUUGGCAAAAUUGGUUCCGGGUACCCAGCCUGCUGCUCAAGAGCCGAAACCUCGAUCCAUGAUUCUGGACGGGAGGAAAUACGAGCUUUUUGUCAUGCAACAACCCAAGAGAGCUCGCAUGUGUGGAUUUGGAGACAAGGACCGGCGACCUAUUACCCCUCCUCCAUGUGUCCAGCUGGUUAUAACCGAUGUCGCAAGCGGCAAGGAGGUGGAUUGCAAUGAUAUUGAUCAUGGCAUGUUCGUCAUUAGUGCGGACCUCUGGUCUGCAAGUGGUCAGCAUGAAGUGAACUUGGUUCGGCAUACUAAUACAUCCCCAUCAAUAUCUUCGGGCACUCCGGUUUCCUACCAAGAAGUCAUGCCAGCCGUCACUCCAGCCUAUUCGAAUAUUAUGCCACAAUCGAGUGUUUUCAAAGUCGAGCCUGGACAAGGUCCUCCCGGCACAUCAUACAAUCCAUUUCCUGCGGGACCGUCAGUAAACCCCUACUCUGCUUCGCAAGCUGGAUCCCAAUCAUACUACCAAAACAACUACCCGCCGUCCAACAAUGGGACGAGUUAUUCCCAACAAAAUGGCUAUUCGCAGCCUAGCUCAUCGUCAUCCUACUAUCCACCAGCUGCGGGUCCAGGAUCCAUGGAUUAUCCGCAAGGCCAACAAGUCUCCUCUCACCAAUAUGGUCCAGGUGGCUCUCGCCCCUUCACUCCAAAUGAGAUGCCAGUUGGAAGAGGGCCUAUCAACAACUCAACACCACAGGGUAUGUUCACCCGGAAUUUGAUCGGAAGCCUUGCAGCCAGCGCUUUCCGUCUCACAGAUCCCAAUGACCGAAUUGGCAUCUGGUUUGUCCUUCAGGAUCUUUCUAUCCGUACCGAAGGCAACUUCAGACUCCGGUUCUCCUUCGUCAAUGUCGGCGUCCCUGUCUCACCCAACAACCCAUCAGCCGCAGCUGGAUUGAGCCCCAACAAGACCUCAGCACCUGUCCUAGCCUCCUGCUUCAGUGAGGUGUUCACCGUCUACUCGGCCAAGCGAUUCCCGGGUGUUGUUGAGAGCACCCCUCUCAGCAAGUGCUUUGCUACGCAGGGCAUCAAGAUCCCGAUUCGCAAGGAUGGCGCGGGUAAGGGUGACAAGGACAAGGACUAUGAUGACGAUUAG